UGGUGAUUUUGGCAUCGGCAUGCAUGGCAUUGAUCUGGGUCGGUAUCUCUUGGCGUGGACACUUCCAUAUUCUCUAACUUGUCGAUGAUUGCAUAGGCAAGUUACAGGAGUCAUCGUCUAUUUCCACUCCGCCAAAUGAUCCGUCUGCGGGCAACGCUACUGCACCUGCCUCGGAGAAGCCACCUCGAGCUAUACCUUCACAUAAACCAGCAGUACCAUCCAACACCGCGCCUCCUAGAGCCCCCAUGUCAUUGGCAGCAUUUAUGGGUGGGUCGACUGCCGCUGGCCCUAGAUUGAAGCGCCACGAGGCACAACAGGAUGCCACUGUUGUACAUGACGGGCGUAAGGAUCACGGUCCUGUACAUCCAAUAUUCGGAAGAAAUGGAAUUGCUAUGCCGGGAAUGGUCAAAGGAGGUGCACAACCUCCUGCAGCUGACACAUUCCCACCUUCAGCUGGCACACCCGCUCGUGCAGCUCCCGCUAUCACACCAGAUCUCGUGAGAUCACGUACUACCAGCACUUCCUCGGUCGCCCGUCGAUAUGUAGAGAAGCUUGAAAGCCAGCCACAGUCUCUGAACCCGGGACUUGUAGGGCUAGGCAUCCGGGAGCGCAGGAUAAGCACUCCCGUAGGCAAUGUUUCAGCACAGCUGAAAGUAGACACGCCACGUUCGCCUUCUUAUCCUCUGUCUCAGAAUUAUGGAGCCAAAGCUGCUGUGGUCCCAACCAGUCCUCUCGUCGGAUCUCGGCCGAAAACCCCCAUCACUGCGGAGACACGCCCCAAGACACCUGUUGCCGAAACUCGUGUGAAGACCCCCAAUCCUGAAUCCGUCCGUGCUAAGGUGGUGCAAGAAUCCGCUUACGCCAAGACGCCUAAUCCUGAACAUACUCGGGCAAAGACCCCCAACCCCCCUGAGCCCAAUCGUGCAAAGACGCCUGUUGCAGAUUCUAUUGGAACCAAGAGCCCAAUGCAUACUCGUUCCAACUCCUCUCAGCCUUCGUGGACACCCAAACAACAGCCUGUUUCUAUCCCAUCUGUAACUCCAACGUCCCCUGCGCGGCAGACAUACUCUCCACAGCCACAGCGUGGGGUCUCCCCUGCCUUUCUGCGUCCGCCUCUCACUUCAUCUACCAAGGAUCCAACGCCAAGUAUCAGCCGGUUGCAGGGUCGUGGCUUCGUGCAGAGCGUUGUGCAAGCCAGCGGGCGCCUUGAAGCAGGAGCAGGAGCUGCGAGGAGCGCAUCUGGAUCCCCAGCUCAAGCCGCCAGUGAAGCGCGAGAAAAGAAUGCCAGAAGAGCAAGCGUCCUAGACCGUUGGCAGCCUGCAAUGAACAACGCUGGUACACCAUCGCCACCCCCGCAUUCCCCACUCCUGGCAAACCGCGGAAGGACGACAGACGCCAAACAACUAGAAGUGAAAAUCCACAACGUAGAAUUUCCCUUGAGGAGUACCGUGUCCAAUCCUACCUUCCCGAAAACGCCCUCCGGGAGGAGCAGUGCUCUUCCUGAAAGCGGGGACCAUAAUUUGGGGUCCUCCUCCACCAUGCUUUCAUACAUCAAACCGACUAAGACUGGUGAUGAUCCAGUCGUUCGCAAUGUUGAUGAGCUCGGGGUGAAAGCGGAUGCAAGUGAGGCGAGGACACGUGUACCUUCGUCUCCUAACAAGCCAUUGAGUCAUCCAACCAAGGAUAGAGCGAAGAAACCUCGCAAAACUGGUGGUUCUGCACAUGUUGCCUCUCCUGAAGAAUAUACUUCCGAUGUGAAAGGCACCUCACCACAACCGAUUGUGCCAGAAUCAAUCGCAUCCGCAACAAGCACUCGAUCGCUUUCCCCUCUUCGGCCAAUGACCCGAUCCCAAUCGGAACCUCAGCCACGGCUUCCGCUAACGACUACACCACCCAACACCACUGGUCGCGUCACAGACCGCUGGACGGAACCGACAUUGAUUGGUGUAAAGCCUAUUUCAUCCCCAAAUUCUGUUGCAAGCAAGCCUCCCCCGAGUCAGAACCCGCAGGGUAUGGUGGGCAGGCGGGCACUGCCAGGCCUAGCGGCUGCGCCAGAAACUACUGAGAAAGUGAAUGGGAAACCUCCUCUUGGAGAGGAACGUGCGGUCUCGCCUUCACCAACAAAACUUGGUCGCAUUCCUAGCACGGGAAAUCGUGCCACCGUCAUGGACGUUGCGCAAGCCCUAAGCGUGGCGCAGCAGGGAAAUGAUUGCGCGCUGAGUACGCCUCCUCCUAGGAUUCCACCUCUGAGUUCUCAGGCUGAAAAGAGGAAGUCGAGCAUCGAGAAAUACUCCUCUUUCAUGAUGCCGCCGCUGAAGGAGGAGAGGACCCCUGUAUCGUCUCCAGCCGGAACAUUGACAAAAUCAUCUGGGGAGGCGUUGCUGGACUCUAAACUCGUCAGCGAAAGCCCCCAAAGUAGUUUGGAAGUAAAGCCGACUAUCCACCGUACUGCGUCAAGUUCAUCUCUAGCUUUCGAUGUUGCGCAUAUCGACCCCGCGAACGAGCCCCUGCCGAAGGUCGACGUGGAAGUUCUAUUGAAAUCCGUUCCUCCGAUGUUUAGCACUGACCUAAAGAUUCACACCAUUUCUGUUGAGAUUUUAUCCAUCAAUAACGGCACUGCAAUUCCCAUUCUCCGCGAUACUCAUAUUUUAUACGACACUGAGGUCGUGGCGGUUGUGCACCGUGUCAAGGUCCGUGACAGUGGGCUUGUUUCCACGAAGGUUUGGUGCUGGCAUGGGAAACAAUGCCGGUUCGGUGAAAGAGAGGAGAAGAAGGCAGAUGAGCUUGCAAGACGGUAUGGAUCAACUCUGGAAACGGUGUUCCAACGACGAGAGCCUCCAGAAUUUGUUCAUGUUUUGGGAGGAAAGCUUGCGAUCCGGCAGGGCACUCGCGCACAUUGGUCCUCUGAAAAUACAGCAAUGCACGUGGUGCGCUCGAGUGGGGAACAAAUCUUUAUUGACGAGGUGGAUUUGAACAUACGAAACCUGUGCUCGGGUUAUAGUUAUUGUGUCACUGUCCUUGACCAGAUCUAUGUUUGGCAUGGUUGCGGGUCAACUACGAAGGAACGUAACGCUGCUCGAGAUUACGCGCGGGCGUCCGCUGUGAAAGGGACUUCUAUCACAGAACUUCGAGAAGGUGAUAAUGAUAUAGAUGACGAGAUGUUCUGGAUGGUCCUCGGCGACUCUGGGGAUUACGCCAAAGCAGACUAUUGGAGAUUCAGAAACGCCUCUGCUCCCAGUGACCCCCAAUGCUGGACCGUGGAUGCCUCGGUUGAAGGCGAACCGAUUCGUGCUGUUCCAUUGAUCUCGGCAGAGACUAUACGUCAGCAAUCAGUGUACAUCAUCGACUGCUCUUUGGAAUUCUUCGUCCUUGUUGGAAAGCAUGCACGUUCCAAACGUUCUGAUAUUUAUCUAGCGAUUCAAACCGUUAUGGACAUGGCAAAGAGAGUGGCAAUUUCUAAACCUUUUUCUCCGACUGUUCAUGUACUUGUGAUACCCACACAACUUCCUUUGGACAUGCGGCAUGCCUUCCGUGAUCUUGACGAGUCCCAAGUGAACGGGGGCUUUGUCCCCGAUCACAUGAACAUUCUUUCAACUACAGAGGCGAUUGAGCAUCUGCGUACUUCGUCUUGGGAGAAAGCGGCGUUGCUAGAUGAUACUAUGCUUCCUCUGGGUCUUGACGCGUCUAAUGUACCAUCAUCUUGAUAUGGGAUGUGACAGUUUCUCUAACGAACUGCAUAUGGACGAUUGAAUUG